AUGUAUUUGCCCAAAUUCCAAGUCCUCCAGGCCCCCGGUGGCGGAUGGCCAACAAUCACAUCCGACGCCUGGACAGGCUUCGGGAAAUCGGACGAAGUCAUCGAGCUACUUCGCCACCUGCCAUACAUUUCCAGCACCAACUAUGAAGAGGCUGAUGGCGCUCCCUAUUGGAAGUUUGUCGAUUGGCAAUCUUUCACUCGCGUUACCGACUGGCGGCCGGUCAAAAUGCUGACCGAGAUUGAUGCUGACGAGGGUGAUGUUCCUGCGCAUGUGGUCGGCCUUACCCUGCGGCAACGGGACGUCCCUAGCGUCAUCUUGCUCGACACGGAGCUCGGGCUGGUGUACUGGCCAAACUGCCCUGGUCCCAUCAAGUAUAAUCCUGCACGAGAACAAGUUAUGGAUGAUCGAUACGAUUGGCCCUCCGUACCCGGCUCCGAGUGGCGAGCUGACUCCGCAGUCUGGGCUGUAAAAGAUUUUUUCGAGGUACUCAAGUUCCAUUUCCAGCAGCUGGAAUUUGUUCCUCUAAGCGCACGCGAGGUCCAAGACGUGUGGACAGGGAUUGAAGACGACGACGACGAUAAUGAGGGUAUGCUACCUGCCGUCCAGGGAAUAUAUCGCAGCCAUGGAUGGCCUGACCUGGCCCGCUAUCGGAAACGAGAUUGUCUUGCGGCCGUUAAGGCCAUGCUGGGGGAACGAUUCCCUGAUGAGGGCUUUGACUUGGAGGAUGAGGAGGAUGCCGAGGAAGAUUAG